UUCAUUUUCCAUGUGUUAUGGAUAACUUCCACAUUUCGGUUUCCGUUCACUCCGCUUGCUUUCGCUUUGAGAGAAUAUACAGAGGCGAUUAUCUUCCUGUACAUUGAUCGAUUUCGUCGAAUUCACAAAGUCAUUUAACAGUAUUGGAUAGAACUGUCUGGUGGAGAACCUUGUCUGUGUGACACAAAUCAGCAACGUGAUCGACAGACUCGAUUCAGUAAUCUACUAGACGCAAUCUGAAGUCAGCUCAGAAAGGCCAGCUGAGUGAGCAACGUUUCUGGUCAUCUCAUUUGUUUCUGGUCCAACAGUUCAGAAUUUAGAUCGGCCCCAACAUGCCUUUUGAAGAGCUUAAAAAAGAAGUCAAUGAUAACAUUGCAAAAGAGGAACAGAAGCGAGCCAGACUGAAAGAACUGGAUCUCAUUGUGCUGGACAACUCACUUCGAGAAAGUACAGUAGGUCAGCUCCGUUCGCACACACUAGAGAACAAACGCAAGAUUUUCGAAGAGGUCAGAAAGUGUGGAUUCCAGUACAAAAUUGUGGCGGCCUAUUCCCAUAUGCCACGCGUGGAUGACACCUGGGUCGAAGAGAUCGUCAGUAAUUGUAAGGAAGGUAAAGAAGACCUCCACAACCUAUUUGCAUUCAGUGAGGAUAUCGACUCGGUAUCUCAAGGUAUUCCUGACAUCAAAACUAUUCCGGUGGGUUUGAGAAAGAUGCAAGAGGACGGAUUAAUCAAUCCGAUAAUCGAGAUAGAUCUGGCCACAAACAGCAUCAACUGGGAAAAGUUCACCACCAAUGAUAUGUGCCAGCUGCUGACCGAAAGAUUCAAAUGGAGCCGAGCACAUCUGAACCCAGAUGCCAAGAUCCUUGUAAAUUUGCGGGACUUCCCGAACGCUAUGCGAGAAGAAAUGGAGCGUGCCUUCACUGUUGUGGACUACCUUGCGUCCAUGCCUGCAGCUGAACGCCCUUUUGGAAUCCUCUUUGAGGAGCCAACGGGCAAGUAUUUACCUGAGGAGGUUGGAGCUUGGACCGCUGCUGUACGUAAGAUCAUGGAUUCCCAUGAGUGGACGUCUGGACACCUUCUGGCUCAUGUUCAUCAGAAGUGGGCUCUUGCAGAAAUGGUGCAGCUUGAAUGCCUUGUCAACGGAGCUAACGGUAUCUGGGCAAGCCUUUGCGAGGAAGGAGCUGCUCUUGGCCACGCAUGUUCUACAGUCACCCUGAUGAACCUCGUCCGAAUGGGCAACAAAAAGGUACUGAAACGCUACAACUGUAACGAGCUGAGGGAUGCUGCAUAUAAUGUGACCAAGAUCACCACUAACUUUCCACCCCAUCCCAAGCAAGUCAUCUAUGGCGAGAGGGCGCUGGACUUAGCAUUUGACUUUGGAAGUAUAGCUGGUGGAACCAUUGGGAAAACCGACUUUGACCUGGCAAAUUUCUUUGGAGUAGAAGCUCCGGUGAGGAUUACACCAUUAUCCUCCGAAAGCAUGAUCCUGGACAGGCUGAUAGAGCUGUUAGGCGAAGAUCCGCAGUUUACAAUGGAAAUGGCCAGUAAGAUGAAAGGGCAAAUGGCUAAAGACCUUGCGGAAGGCAAGAAGUUAGAGUACACGAGUGCAACUGGCCUUAGCGGGUUGUUCGAUACAUCAGGAGGAAAACUCACGACCGAGAUGGAGGAAAUCUGUAAAAAAGUCGACUCAGACAGUGAAUAUGCCAUAAAGCUUUUUAAAGACGUUCGCCAGAUUUGGGACAAGUGGGACCUCGAGGAUGAUAAACAGAACGACGACCAGCUGAUGUUCAGCACCUUCUACAAUGGCUUUAUGGCUCCCUACUUUGGCUGCUUCAUGUGUCCUGACACGCAGAAGGCCUUGCAAGCCAUCAACAUGGACAAUGACGGGUACAUCGACUGGAAUGAAUUCCUGUUUUACCUCAAGUGGGCGAUGCAUCAGUACCCCGACAUCAAAGACGUCGAUGAGCUUUUGAGGAAAGCCUUCACGAUGGGAAUCAUACCCGCCAUGCGAGAUGAAGUACUCGGCCUGAAUGGGGAGGCAAGCCAAGGAAAAAAUUGAACGUCCAAGCGAAAAACAAUGUAGCAUCAAACGCCUCGUUCAGAGACCAUGAUCUUAAAAAUUGGUGAUUUUUCUGGCUGAUUUUACAUGCCGAUGCUUUUUUAGUGCUUUUUUGAAUUACAACCUGUUUGAUGGCGAUUUUUUUUAAACAAAUAAUAGUUCACCCUAUGCUAUGCUAAUGUUGUUCGGGCCCGGACCCGCAGUGGGAGGAUAUCGCGCCCCCCGAGUGAGACUGGACUUGUGAUGGGACCACCCUACUGAGGACAUUUUUGUUGCGUUAGUAUUAUGGGAUAUAGGAACAUGUGCUUUUCGCUUGAGGUUAGCAGUCUUUUAGUUGGAUUAGAAGGGGUGAUUUAAACCGUUGUCGAAAGUUGAAGUUAUUUAAUAGUCUGAACAAAACAAAUGUUAAACUAAACAUUUUGGUAAAUGAACUCUGGUACAACUGAUCAGACAGUAACUCAAGUAGUAAAUUUUAUUUUUCCUUAACAAACUUGUUGUCAAAGCUAAAGUUUGUGUAUUUUCUCCUCAUGAUCACUCGUCUUAUUACUGUCAGCGGUAUAUCGCUCGAUAAGUUAUUUACUUCGGUAACGCAAGUAAUACUAACAGUAAAUAUUUGCGAUCAUGGUUAAUUACAAUAAAAAUUAUUCAAGAGUCAAAACAA